CAAAAUUCAUAUCUUUCUUCACAACAAACACGCUAGUUUCGAUACGAGUAUAUUAUACUAUACGAAAAAAAAAUGUCUUCAUAUUACGAUUACGUAAUCGCCUCGAAUAAUAGUGUCAACGACAACAAGCUAAACGCCAAGAAAGCCCGUUCGAUGUCUCACCAGUUCAAGCAGCUGCUGAAACCGCUUUUCGGUGCUUUAAAGAAGAACAACAAGAAUCUCGAGAUCGAGCAACAACAGACUCAUUACUAUACGACCGAAGUAGAGGACAACGCCGCCAAUGAAGCUCUCGAACAGAGACUGUUCGAAGAGAUCGACUGCUGUGGUGAUUUCGCCGGGGUUCCUGUCUUCAACAGCAAUGGACACCUAGAGGUCAUCCCCGUAGCCAGAGGUCAACGUUACAUACCAGUGCAUUUUGCCAAAACCGAAGCGGGAACCUUCUUUUGGACGACUGUUACCACGCCAGAUCACGAUAUUGUGUCGAUAGGUGACAAAAAUGCGAUCUGCUGCCACCAGGAAGCCGAGCUCCAGGUACCAUGCGACAGGUGGGCCCAAGCCUAACAGAAAAAGAAGACGCCCGGUGUGCAAUUACCUAUAUUAGUGCCUCGCAGAAGUAACAGUUAACAUAGAGUAAGUCUGUUGUGAUAAUGCUUGCUCAAUAUUUCGUUUUUAACCAGAAAGUUGUGAUAGUAGCUGUAAGGUAUAUUCAAUUGAAAAAUUGAUAAAUGAUGACGUACCUUUUUGUAUUACCUUAACGAUUAAUUAUGUGGGUAUCUAUACUUAUUACUAUUUUUAACUUUUUGUAAAAGUUAC